CCUAUCGACAGGCGGCGCCAGAUAAAUAGAACUGACAACUGGAAAAGAAAGAGGAGGAAACUUGAAUUGUGAUGUGCUGUUCAAUAACACUUGGCAAGAUGUCGGGCCACGAUCAGCUGGUUCACUGUUUGUGUGAAUUAACAAGGUUGCUGUGGAAGCUGCUGCUGCCCCUGGUGUUUCUGUGUGUGCUGCUGGUCGCUGUCCUGAUCCUGCUGGUGCUGGCAGUGCGUCUCUGGCUUCAGAGCAGCAGGAAUGCUCGGCGGGCGAGGGACGGCCGUCCCACAGUGGCUUUCUUCCACCCCUACUGUAAUGCUGGAGGUGGGGGGGAGAGGGUGCUCUGGUGUGCGAUCAGGGCUCUGCAGAACAGGUACGUGGACAUCAACUUUGUGGUGUACACAGGGGACCUUGGUGUGACGGGCCAGCAGAUUCUGGACGGGGCACGUCGUCGUUUCAACAUCGUCCUCCCACGGCCGGUUCAGUUUGUGUUCCUGAGGCACCGGCUGCUCGUGGAGCCCGGCCUGUUUCCUCACUUCACCCUGCUGGGACAGAGCGUGGGCUCCAUCUUCCUGGGAUGGGAGGCACUGACGGAGUUUGUCCCGGACAUUUACAUCGACUCCAUGGGCUACGCCUUCACUCUGCCGCUUUUCCGCUACUUGGGAGGCUGCAGUGUGGGGAGUUACGUUCACUACCCCACCAUCAGCACAGAUAUGCUGUCUGUAGUGAGGGAGAGGAACCCCAGGUUCAACAACCCAGACUACAUCUCAAACAGUCUUUUCCUGAGUGCCUUCAAGGUGGUCUACUACUGCCUGUUUGCCCUGCUCUACGGCAUGGCCGGCUCCUGCAGCGACCUCAUCAUGGUCAACUCCUCCUGGACUCUCGAUCAUAUCCUGUCACUGUGGCGUGCUCCCAACCGCACCAGCGUGGUCUACCCACCGUGCGACGUUGGCGCGUUCCUGGACAUCCCGCUGGAGGGGGACGGGGACAAGAAGUGUCACUCGAUUGUUUCCAUCGGGCAGUUCAGGCCGGAGAAGGACCACCGGCUGCAGAUUCGAGCUUUCAAAAAGGUGUUAGACAGGAGGAGGGAGGGGCCUGGGGGCAGGGAGGCGCUGAAGCUGGUCCUGAUCGGUGGGUGCAGGAACCAGGAAGACGAGGAUAGGGUGCUCAUGUUGAGGGGGCUGUGCCAGGAGCUGGAUGUGGCUGACAGGGUGGAGUUUAAACUGAACGUACCCUUCGAGGAGCUGAAGAGAGAGAUGGGAGAAGCCACCAUCGGACUGCACACUAUGUGGAACGAACAUUUUGGAAUAGGUGUUGUGGAGUGUAUGGCAGCAGGUAAGGUCAUUCUGGCACACAAGUCUGGCGGUCCCAAGCUGGACAUCGUGGUACCUUUCGAGGGAGGCCAGACGGGCUUCCUGGCUGAGGACGAGGACGGUUACGCAGAGGCCAUAGACAGGAUCCUGGGGCUGCCGCCCGCCAGUCGGCUUCAGGUCAGGCGUAACGCACGCCAGUCCGUGGCUCGCUUCUCAGAUCAGGAGUUUGAAGCCUGCUUCCUCGCCGCCAUGGAGCCUCUGAUGGGAACACUUGAGCGAUGAGAAGAGGACUUAUUCUCUGUGUGUGUGUGUGUGUGUGUGUGUGUGUGUGUGUGUUCUAAGGCAUAGUGGAUGUCUGACACUUUGAGCACCUUUACUUUCAUGGUCUUAGGGCUGCAUUUACACUGUGAGACUGGUGACAAAAUUGGAUGCACAUCAGUCGCAUGCUCCAACAGAGGGUCGUUGAAAUUGUCAACACAUGCUGACACCAUUCAGAGCAUAGUGUUGUUGGAUUUGUCCUCAACGCAGAAAAGAGGCACAUUAGAGGUACAUAAUACCGAAUUAAAAAUUAAGUAUAGAUAAACUAAUUCUGUCUAAAAUGUAAAAUGUCUCAUGCCUGGUUAGAGUGAAUCCAACUGCAGAAAUUGUGUAGUUCUGUUCGAGUUGUGUAUGCAAAUACUAGAUUAUCCUGUGAUAACUGCAUUUUACAGGGCACAUUCUUUAAAUAUGGUGGUAACGGUGACUAAAGAUACUCAGUGGAAACAUAUUUAUUGUUUACAAGAGCAAGACUUCUCUUCAUGUCCAAUGUGAAGUAUUUUUAUAGUGUCGAUGAAUGUAAUAAAGAAGUGAUGGGAUUAAAGGGUUGUUGUUGUAAUGAUG